CACGGAAUAAUAGGUAAGAAGUAAAAUCCAAAACAGUAAGUAGCCUAGAUCACCAUGAAUAGAACUCCGCCACAUUUUUGCAGAGGAUGAAACCCUAAUUUACAUUUUGAAACAGUCUAAGUUAAUUAAAGCAAAAUUGAUGUUUAACACAACAACCAGAGGUGGAGUAUAUAAUCUUUAAGCUUAUUAUAUCGUUUUACACCAAUCAUGACAAAGAUUUCGUAUUGCCUGCGAAAAGGGGGAAAAUCAUCAAUGUAUCUUGAAAAGAAAGAAAUGCAGUAAUAUAUGUGAGAAGAGAUCUCUGGCUUCAGAUCUGAAUUUUCUGUGGAGAUGGAAAUUUUUCAGACGGCAUUUCAGUGGAAAUGCGCGCUGAAUUUGCAGGCGGCAUGGAUUUUAGCGUUGCUGUUUCUUCUCCAAAUGAUCGGACAACAUUACGCGCAGUCUUCGGACAGCUGCAAUGCAAAUCUUGAGCUCGAUCUCGCUUUCGAUACUAUCGAGUGUGUUAAUGUCGGGAACGACUACAUUCUCCGGUAUGAACAAAAUGAUAAUGCUAUAAGCAUUGUACUAUCUGCGCCUUACACAACUGGCUGGGUGGGUAUGGCAUUUUCAGAGGACGAAUUUAUGGUGGGUUCUAGUGCCAUGGUUGGAUGGAUCAAACAAGAUGGCUCUGGAAGUAUUAAGCAAUAUUAUCUAGGGGGUAAAAGUGUAGGUAAAGUUCAGGUAGAUGACACUAAGUUGGUGGUUGUAAACAACUCUGCAAGUGUUCAGUCACGAGGAUCUACCAUUUAUCUGGCCUUUCAAUUACUAUUUGCUGAGCCUGUAAAAUCACAAAAUCUUCUAUAUGCAUCUGGGAGUGUAACUCCAUCCAAUGACCAACUCUCCAAACAUUCAAGUGCAUUUCACACUACACUUGACUUCACUACAGGGACAUCUUCAACUUCUAGCACUACUGAGACUAUGAAAAGAAAUCAUGGGGCGCUGAACAUUUUUGCAUGGGGAGUUUUACUUCCAAUAGGUGCAAUCAUAGCACGCUACUUUCGACAGUGGGAUCCAGCCUGGUUCUAUCUGCAUGUUGGUAUUCAGCUCUUCGGAUUCAUCUUUGGGGUGGCAGGAGUCAUUCUUGGAGUAGCAUUGUACAAUAGAUUGGAUUCCAAUAUUCGUGCCCAUAGAGGACUCGGAAUAUUCAUACUUGUUUUGGGCAUCCUUCAGGUGUUGGCUUUACUGCUACGUCCUCAGAAAGAAGCAAAGGUGCGAAAAUAUUGGAACUGGUAUCAUCAAUGGUUUGGAAGACUAGCACUUUUCCUUGCUGCAGUAAACAUAGUCUAUGGAAUACGUGUUGCAGAAGCAGGACAAACCUGGAAAGUUGGCUAUGGCUUUGUGCUAGCUAUAUUGCUUCUUGUUGUGAUAGUUCUGGAAUCAAUUUUCUGGAUUAAAUGGUUCAGGCGUCCUCCAGAGGCACCGGCUUUUCAAAUGUAUAAUACUAAUGCUUGAUAUUCAUGCCUACAGAGUAGUUUUCAGAUACCCGAGGGCAUUUAGAAGUUGCCUUUAAUCAUCCUUGUAUUACUGCAGAGCUCCCUAUGGAUGAGCUUCUUUAAAUUUCUGCCCUUUUAUUGUAUUCCUCAUUGGUUCAGUUGUAACAUUUUUACUAGACUUGGAUUGUAUAGAUCUUACAUUUUCCUUACUGUUCA